AUGACGGACGAAUCUCGUCUCUUAAAUCCGCACAUAAAAAUAAAUACGACAGUUUCUACCGAUAUUAACGAAAAACCGAGUAUAAAUGUGACGUUUCGGGAUGGUAAGACACUUGAUUUUGCCCAUGAAACGAUGAAGAUAGACGAUGUCUUGAAGGUUUUACAAAAACAUGCACGAAAGCUACGAGAUAUCGAGGAGGCGAAUUCGUAA